GGCAGUGAAUUAGUUGUAUUUUGUAUUCUAAAAUAAUUUGAAAUAAAUAUACUCGUAUAUCUUAACAAACACAAUGCUUAGGUCGAACUCAAGUGAGUGCCAGGCACUUUUUGCACGUGGGAAUUAUACUGUUGUUCAAGGAUUGGUGCCCUCUAUUGAGCUUCAUGAAACAUUGUUAUUAGUUGUUGGAUUUGGAACAUUUGCUACUGUUGUUGCUUUUAUUUUUAAAUUCAUACGGAAGCAUGUUUAUAAAGACCAGAACACUCUAGAUACAGCUUUUGAUGCAGGAGGAAAAGUGAGUGUUGGACUUACUGCGACAACUAUUGUGUCACAAUGGACCUGGGCUGCAACACUUCUCUAUUCCUGUGUCGUUGCUAGCAAGUACGGGAUAAGUGGGCCAUUUUGGUAUGCCGCAGGAGCAACGAUACAAAUCCUCCUGUUUGCCAUGGUAUCUGUUCAACUAAAGAUUCGAGCCCCUGGUGCCAAAACAUUUCUGCAAGUGAUUAAAGCCCGGUUCGGAUCAAAUACGCACAAAGUUUUUGUGGUUUAUGCAUUGCUUACCAAUAUCAUUGUAACAGCUAACUCUAUGACAGGUGGGUCGGCUGUUUUAUCUGGAUUAACAAAGGAUAUGGGGAUAGAAUACGCGGCUUUGUUAAUGACAGCUAUUGUAGGGACAUACACGUAUGUAGGAGGUCUAGGUGCCACAUUUUAUGUCUCGUUUUUCAACACAGCAAUUAUCAUGCUGAUGAUGUUGGUAUUUGUAAUACGUGUGUACGAUGACAGUGGAAAUGAUAUUAGUAAUCCACUAGGCUCCGAAGAGAAAGUAUUUGAGUAUUUGUCCUGCAGCGACGGACCAGAGGGGAAUGAAGAACAAAGCUACCUGACACUUGUUUCUAACUCUGGAUUUAUGUUUGGACUUAUAAAUGUCGCUGGUUGUUUUGGGACAACAUACGUAGAUCAGGCGUACUGGCAGAGUGGUGUAGCCGCAAAGCCUAGACAAGGAGUGUUGGGGUUUCUAGCCGGAGGCCUCGUUUGGUUCGCUAUACCUUUUGCACUAGCAACUACUAUGGGUCUUGCCUACACAGCCCUGGGUGCACAGCAGGGCCAACCUUUGCUCAAUGAAACUGAUGUUAAUGCAGGAUUGGUACUACCAGUGGUAGCACAGAGAAUGUUUGGUAAGGCUGGUGAAAUGAUGGUGAUAGUGAUGGUUCUAAUGGCUGUUGUAUCUACUGGCUCUGCCGAAGUUAUCGCUGCUACAUCAAUAGUUGUUUAUGAUAUUUUUCAGACGUAUCUAAAGCCUUACAGAAAGGUACUAGAUUCCAACAAAUGCAUAUUGUGUGAAAAAGAGCGUGGACAAAACGCUUGUCCACGUAGUAAGUGUACAUGUGAAAGUAUGGCCGAAUGUGCCGACUGUCGUACUGACAACAAGACACGAAGUGAAUCUUCGAGGGUUCCUCCCCCUAUGUACACAUGUCGAGUUCAUGGAACCUAUCGCGAGUACACAGAUUAUCUUUCACGCCUGAAAAACCGAGGAUUGUGUUGGACGACUCUUUGUAUUUUACCACUUACCAUACUUCUUCAUACCUUACAAAUCAAUCUUUCCACCGUGUACUUGUUCAUGGGUGUAACAAUCAACUCUGCAGUGGUCCCAAUAGUGUUGUCAAUGUUUUGGGAGCGUCUUACAGGAUUAGCAAUGAUUGCGGGAAGUAUAGGCGGAACAGUGUUAGCGCUAAUGACAUGGAUUAUUGUGACUGCUUCAUAUCCUGGAGGUCUGGAGGACUUCAAAGACAACGCUACAAAGGAAACUCCAAUGUUAUUUGGAAACUUGAUGUCGUUAAUAGCUGGUGCUGUUAUUUCCGUUUGUGUCAGUUUGUUGUCGGGGAAAAAUAAAGAAGGUUCAGACAUUUGGGAGAAAACAAGAGACAUAGACAAUCCCCUAAGUCCAUGGACAGAACUUUACGAGAUGGAUCUACAUUUAACGGGCGCGUCUCGUUUGAACAAUCGGCCGACACUUGAAGAAGUGCAAGUUGCCUUUAAGUUCGCAAAAAAGGUUGGGUUUAUCGGAUCAAUUUCAUCAACAGCGAUGCUAAUAGUACUUUGGCCGUUGAUAAUGGUGAUUGGUGUUUCAGUUAUGGAUUUCAAUUCAUUUUAUCAAUGGGUUACAGUAUCAAAAGUAUGGGCGUUCAUUGCAGCCAUAUUUAUCAUUAUCGCCCCAUUCGUGAAUGAAAUUUAUGACAUAUACAAAGCAUUUUUAUUGAACAGACGAGUUUUUCCUUUUGGGCUUGGGCGGAGGAAUACAAAAAUUAAAGCGCCUGCGUCACAGAAUAACAUUGUCAAUAAAUGAAACAAAUGCUGCCGAUGUUGAAGAGCCCAUUGAGAUGAACACAGUAGACAUAGAUAACGAAGCUGUGGAGACUGUACGCCGCACUCGAGUUGAAAAUAUUUAGUAUUUAAUUGGCUGGUGGCGUUUCAUCCAUUCGUUUGAAUCCGUUUUAAGGAUCAAGUUUGAUAUUUGAAUUUGUUUUCGCAUAUUUAAUAGACAUAUUCGUUGCGUUUAUGGAAUCUUAGAAUACAUUCAUUUGCUGAAAGGUAUUAUUUGUGACUAUUUGUAUUCGGGAAACAGUUUAUAAUCGUUAUUUGUUUUAACGAAAGCAUGGACUCUGGAAGUGAUAUUGUUGCCAGUGACGGCUGUCUGAAACUUCAUUUACAUCGAUUGUACAUAUAUCAUAUCUUAUA